GACAGGUCAUUAUUCUUGAAGACUAUGCAGAUCCAUUUGAUGCACAGACUGGCAUGAACUCGACUGGCCAGGACAGAGUGGUGGUGAACGAUGGAUAUAUGGAACCGUACGAGGCCCAAAGAAUGAUGGCAGAGAUACGGCGGAGAGGUUCCAAGGAAGCCCCCGGCAAGCCGCUGCCCCUGUACGACACGCCCUACGAGCCCGUGGAGAACGGCGGCGGGAACGGCGAGGGAGCGGCGGAGAGGGUGUCGGCCCAGCGGCCCCGCGACAGCCGUCUCCCAGAGGACGACGAGCGGCCCCCGGGGGAAUACGACCAGCCCUGGGAGUGGAAGAAGGAACGCAUCUCCAAGGCCUUUGCAGGUGAGCUCAUAGAGAAUCUGCCAACAAACUCC